UGUCAAUGUUUGUGACCUCAUUCCGGCUAUGUAUUCACUGGAGGGUGAUCUAAUCGCUAAAAAUCAGCAGAAUUUUUGUUCUAUUGUUAUUUGUCCUCAAUGUUCUUGCUUUUCCAUUGCAUCCUUUUCAUAAGACGUCCAUCCACAUAAACGGCGUGUUGAUUUUCCUAUAAAUGUAGAUAAGAGCGCCGAAUCCUCGCGAGAAAAUGUGUAUAAACUCUCGCGAGCGUAAGGACGAGUCAGACGCUAGAAGGAGAUGUGGAGAAAUGAGGUCUGAAAAGGACCCAAUGCCGGCAUGCAGAGAGAAAAGCGUCGUUGAAAUACAGUUCAGAGACAUACAAAGAGAUCAAGAGGGUAAUCUGGGUCUUUCGAAGCAGAAGGAGGAGAAGAAGGAGAUAUUUACCAAGGUGGUCAUUCGAAGGCUUCCACCAAGCCUAUCAAAGGAACAGCUAGAGGAACAGCUCAGCCCACUUCCAUCCUUCGAUUAUUUUGAGUUCUUCCCAGCUGACCAGAGCCUACACCCUCAUCUGUUCUCCAGAGCAUACAUAAACUUCAAAACCAAUGAAGAUAUCCUUCUCUUCCGGGACCGCUUUGAUGGUUAUGUUUUUAUUGACAACAAAGGCCAGGAGUACGCCGCCGUGGUAGAGUUCGCCCCCUUCCAAAAAAUCUCCAAAAAGAAGCUCAAGAAGAAAGAUGCCAAAGCUGGUAGCAUUGAAGAAGACCCGGAAUACAAGCGCUUCCUGGAGAACUACUCCUGCGAUGAGGAGAAGUCCAUGGCUAACCCAGAGACUCUGCUUGGGGAGAUAGAAGCCAAGACCAGGGAGCUCAUAGCCAAAAGAACGACGCCACUGUUGGAAUACAUCAAGAACAAGAAAAUAGAGAAACAGAGGAUAAGAGAGGAGAAACGAGAGGAGAGGAGGAGACGAGAGCUCGAGAAAAAACGACAGAGGGAGGAGGAGAAGCGCAAGAGAAGAGAGGAAGAGCGACGCAAACGCAGGGAGGCGGACAAGCAGAAGAAGUUGUCUGAGAAGGAAGUCAAAAUAAAGCUCCUGAAGAAAAGUGACAUGGAUGACGAUGUGGACUCGGACCGUCUGAAGGACAAAGGCGAAGUCGCCGAGACCGACAGGAGCAAAUGGGAGAAACCGGUUGGACAGAUGAAGUCAGUGGAACCGAAGGAAAGGGUUCAGCCGGAGAGCGACAAAGAGCAGAGAGACUUACUGCAGCAACAGCACGGCCGCAGGCAGAGAGACAAGGAGCACCGGGCCAAAGACGAGGAGCGUAAGCGCCAGCGGCACCACUACGACUUUGACAAGUUCAUGCGGCGGAAAGACGAAACCAAGUGGGGCAAGGGCUACUGCCAGGACCGGGCCAAGAAGGAGGGCCACCACCACGGCUUCUCCUAUUGCCCAGACGGAGGGGACAAGCUGGGCAAGGAGGACAGGGAAGACCCGGCCAGCAGGAAGGAGCGCCUUCGUAACAAGGUGAGCGAGAAGGACCGACCAGCCAUGCAGCUCUACCAGCCUGGCGCACGCAACCGCAAACGCAUGAGUUCAACGGGCAAAGGUUACGACUGCGCCCCUGCGAGACGCUCGCCCGAACCGGGGUCGGAGCACUGCUAUGAGGCGGUCGCCAUGGGAACGGGGACAGAGAAGAGUAGGGAUGAGUAG